CUGUACAGCUAUGACAUUGGAGCACGACAAUAUCUUGCGGUUUGCGUCACAAACGUUGGUUUAAACACGACAUUUGUACACUAUCAACGAUUAUUUGAUACGCAUUCCAUAAAUAAAGGAAUUUACGCGGAAAAUUCGGUAAGGAAAGUGCUUUUCUACGUUGCUGUGUCGUAUAUUUUAUGCAGCGAAACAGGUACCUUUGUAUGUUGAUUUAAAUAUUCUCGAGUAUUCAGAAGAAAGCAUUUUAAGACGAAACAACGAAAAAAUACCUGAAGACGGAAUACGGUAAGUAUUAACAUUGGCUUCUAUUUGUUGUUCCUACAAUUGUAGCUGUGAUAAAGUGUGCAUAGUUUUAUUUAUAGCUUCAUUUUAUUACAGUGAUGUAGAAUAUAAGUAUUUUAUACGAUAUCUAGAUGGGUAUUAAUUACUAUAUGGCAAAUUUGUUGAGCCUAAAUUAUUCUCGUGUCUCGUUUACAAUGGCACAUGCAUGCAGGGACCGUUGAAAUACUUGAUUUUUUUGCUUCGAGUUUAGGUGCGAUUUCUUCUGAUGGCUGUGAACAAGUGGAUGAGUUGAUUGAUUGAUUGAUUAUGAAUGUCCAGAAGAGGGAACAUACAAGUAUACUAGUCUCAAAACAUUUAUAACUCAUCUACUUGUUCACAUGCAUCAGAAGAAGAGAAUUGCAUUAGAAAUCGCAGCAAUAAUUGUAAGUGUAAAUUGGCCAUAGCUUUUUACCAGAUACUUUUUAUUUCACUAUUCCGACAUAUCUGGUAGUCAUACGUUUAUAUUUGAUGAUAAUAUGGAGGCGUAUGCGACUACCGGCUAAUAAAGUUGUUGUACAUAAACCAUUAGUAUAAACAUCCUUGCCCUUGUUCUGAAAUGUCAGGUAAUCGAUGAAAGGCUGAUGCAUGUAUUGUUGCGUCUUGAAUAUAAAGAGCCCUAAAUACGUACUAUACUUUGUAUUAAGGUUUUUAUCUCAUUAUAUGAGCGUCCCAAGCCUGUUGUCGAGUUUCACAACACUCUUCAAAAACACAUGAAAUGAAGACAUAUUUUACUAUGUAAACAAAGUUAAUGUGAUUUGAACUGAUGAAGAUCGUAGCUUACUGAUCGAAUGUCCGGAUGGACACAUAAAUAACGGUUGGGUUUUCAUGAAAACGUAUCAAUUAUUCAAGAUAAAGUUAAGUUAAAGUCAAAGCACUGCUAUCGUUAUUCCCCAUAGGUUUUCUUCGGGUACUCCAAGGGAGUGUUGACAGAGUAGAUUAGGGUACAUAUAGAAAUGAUUCACGAUCGUAAUUUGUGGGUUUUCUCCGGGUAUCCUCACUUUCUCCCACAGGAAAUGUUGUCAGGGUUAGGACUAGAAAUGAAUACCCGACCAUGAGGGUUAGCUGCAGUGAAAUACAUAUAUGCUGUGAUUAAAUUCAUGACAUUAUUAUUCCAAGGGGCAAACAUGGAAAAUACGAGGAACAGUGAUCAAAAGUUUGAAAGAGAGCGAGAAGAUAUCGAAGAGAGACACAGAAAUGAGAUUCUCAAUCUUUUGAAAAGUUUUGAAUUUGAAAGGAAGGAUAUGGAGGCCAGACUCCAGGAGGAAUUGGAAAAGAAGGAUAACGAGAUGCAGAAUGUCCAGCAAAGUGAAUUUGGAAGGAAAGAUAUGCAGGCCAGACUCGAGGAAGAACUGGAAAAGAAAGAUAGCGAGAUGCAAAAUAUCCAGGAAAGUAAUAUUGACAACGAGAGAUCAUUCUCAAACGAAGCGAAAAGUGGUUUGCAGACUGAAUUUGAAAAGGAAAAGGAGAAAUUAUUGAUAAAAAUAACACACUUAGAGGAGGAAUUGAAGAAGAAAGGUAAACACGAUUAUAGGCUUUGUUUAGCAGAUAUAUCAGUAUCCAAUUUAAAACCUAGUUUACACACUAAACACUGGUUUACACUAACAAAGUUUCUGUUAUCACAGUAGGAAUUUUGCAUCCGUUCGCUAAAUUCUGGGUUUUGAGGGAUUUGUAAGAAAUGUUUGAGGGAACUGACUCAGUGGUUAACAUCAAGUCAGUUUGCUAAAAUAUUUCUUACAAAUCUUUCAAAACUUAGAAUUUACCGAUGCAAAAUUCCUACUGUGAUCACAGAAACUUUGAUAGUGUAAACCAUGCUUAACGAUAUGCCAAUAAUUAUAAAAUCCAUUAAGAUCUAAGUAAUUUUAAAAGCAGCAUCUGGUUCAUACGGGGAAGCAAGGUUUAUACUUCCCACUCUCGUAGUCUGGCAGAAUACAAAGAGAAAGAGAGCAACUGACUACAACGCAGUAUGACCAUAGAAAUAGUACAUAUCUAUUAUUUCUAUGAGCAUGACUUAUUUAUAAAUGACGCUAGACGCUUGUUGUAAAAUAGAUUACAAAUACUGUCUGUUCAUUUUACAUAAUUUGUGCGCACAGCAUGUGGUUGUACCCGUCUAGUUGCAUAUUUCUAAUGCAAUGUCCACUUGCAAAUAAAUAUUGUUUCACUAUCUUUUGACUAUCUUUUGAUACAAAUCCAGGUAAAAACAUAACUUCCUGGGGCCGGUUGUUCAAAGGUGGGUUAGUGCUAACCCUGGGUUAAAAUUUAACCUGCUGUUUUAGUUUAUGUAUUUCUGCACGUCUGUUUAUUUCAAAACGUCAGAGAAGUAAACUCCUACUGAUCCAGACAACAUCUCUGAAGAAAUAUUUUCAAAUUUAUAGACAGGCUGUCAGGACGUUUGCAUUGCAUUUUAGGUUUACCCAGGGUUAAACUAACCCAGCUUUGAACAACUGGCCCUUGGGGUAGUGACCACUGUUAUUUGCAUACUGCCUAAUCCAUGACAAGUUAAAGAAAUAGACAUUCGAAGAGUUCCAAAUAAAUGUCAUAUGUUUCAUGUUUUAAUGACUUAUUUUUCUUUCUAAAGGAACUGAAGUACGUUUGUCCACACAAAAUCAAGGCCAGGAUAGAUUGGAAAGUGAGAAGAUUAACCAAAGUCAAAACACUCUUGAUGAAAUGCAAAAUUCCGAAUCCAACACAAAAGAAAUGAAAUCUUUAUCUGAAUUGGAAACAGAAAACAGGAAAUUACAAGCGGAUUUAAACAAAAGCAGAGAUGAAAUAUUCAAGUUGAAAAGCCAUGUUAAAGAUUUGACUCAAAAACUUCAGGAUAUUGAAAAGCUUUUUCAAGAUGGUGAUAUUCCCUCAGAUAAAAAAGACAUCCUUUCUCAAAUACUUCAAGGUUAGAAUUAGUGGAAAUGUUAGAUAAUUGGUAGUUUAAAUUAUUUGAUAUAAAAAAUUUGUAUUUAGAUUGUGUUACCAUAUUGCCUUGUUUUUUCUUGUCUUGUGCCCAUACCAUACCAUACCAUACCAUACCAUAUCAUACCAUAUCAUAUACCAUACCAUGCCAUGCCAUACCAUACCAUACCAUACCAUUUUAGGGAACACCUAGAAACAAUACCAUACAAUACCUAACAUUCUUUUAACUUAUCUUUUUAAGGAACAACUAGAGACAUAAGCUCAUCUCAUAACGUGGUUGAGUCUCCUAGCAACAGCCCAGAGGCUCAUGAGAAAUCUUUCGACGACAUAGACACAUCUUUUACUGCUAACAAACCGCACCGCACUAACUCUGUGUUGAGUUUCCAACUUGAAGAAUUAAAUUUAGAAAAUGAGGACCUUAAACGCAGCGUGUACGAAUUGGAACAAAAACUACGAAGAACCGUCGAAGAAAAUGAGAUGAAAGUUCAUGUUUUCAACGAAAAACUGAACGAACUUGUGGAAAAGAUUAUGACAGGUGAUAGUAGCGAAACAACUAAGGAAUCUGGUUUUAAAAUAAAUUUGGUGGAAGAAAUCAAUAACGUUCGUUUAGAAAAGGCUCCCAAUGAACUUUUGGAAGAGUAUGUCAGCAUAGUUCUUAGGCAAAAGUUAACCGCACCUUCGCCAGACAUUCUUGAUGUGAAUUUCUGUCAUGAGUUACAGUCAUUGGAACAAAUCUUAGACAUUGAGAUUUUUGAUGGUCGUGUGUUUGACUCGGAAAUGAAAGAUGAGGUCAAGCAAGUAUUGAGAGAUAAAGAACGAGAGCUGUUGGUUGCUUAUACCCUUGAGAAACUUCGCGAUGAAAUUCGACAUCGAGCUACAACUGAAGGGACUUUGGAAGAAUUGCAAAAAGAGCGAGAGAGGGAUUUCUGUGUACAUCAAGCGGUAAACGAGGUCUUGAAGGAACAUUUAGGGAUACCGGAUGAUAAAGUAGGACAUGAAAAGGGUGAAAAUCCAGCCGUAAAUGGGGUCUCGAAGGUACACUUAGGGACAUCAAGUGAUGAUAAUCAAGCAGCGAAUAAGGUUUUGAGAGAACAUUUAGGGAUAAUGAAUGAAGAUGAUAAAGUGGUACACAGCAGUUCGUUAGAAGAUAACGAAGUGGACAGAAUGCAAAAUCAAUCGAGUUGUAUUGAUGUCGAAUCCUUGAAAGCUGAGAAAGAAAACCUGGAAAGGAAUCUACAAGAAUUGCAAGAAUAUUUUGAAAAGGAGCGUCAGGCAUGGCUGGAAAAGUUGCAAAGUCCUUUACAAGGUAAAUAAGAUAAGUUUUGACAUUAUUGUACGUUCUAUUUCUGCAGUUAUGAAUGAGAAAAAAUAAUGCUAGUUCGUAAUGCUAAUUUGCAAUGUUUAUACCCACCAAUAUCGCGUGCAAAUAGAUAUAUUGACUUUUCUUAUUUCUAAGGAGAUUCCAAAGACCCUGAAGACAAGGAUAAAGUGAUUCAAAGUCUCCAAGCUCAGAAAGUGUUGAUGGAAGAAAUUCUGAACACGGAGAGGUUUCAUCUCAGUCGUUUGUACUACAUGGAGAUGAAGGAGGAACUGGAAACGUGUUUGAAGGAACAUCAGUUUGAUCGUAGCACGAGACUUGACAAAGAAAGGUAAGAAGACGUGAAUCUUGUUCAAUGUUAAUUAUUCUAAUGAAUAUUGGAAACUUUUUUACUUUAGCUAGAAAAAAGAUGUACCUUCGCAUAUAUUAAAUUAUUGUCCUCUUUUUGUAUUACCAAAACCGCCCCAAAUCCUUCCUCUCGCCCCAAAAAAGUGUCAUUGUGACAUCUGAUUAGCAUCUCAAAUGAGCUAUUAAUGUAGUUGCAUUUCUGAAUGACAUGAAACAAGUCUUUUGGGCGUUUCAUUUGAAAUUUUGAAUCACGACCUCAUCAAUGUUAGCUGCAAUUAAAUUUAACUCCAACUAGGUACUAGCUGUUCUUUUCUUUCUGAACGUAAAACUAAAUAUAUUUCUUGAAGGUUCGUGGAUGCUUGGAAACAUCACGCCGAAGUUGGCGAGCUUUACCAAGAAAUUUUGAGCAAAGAAACUGAAAAUCUUCAAAACCUACAAACAAACUCUAAGGGGAAGAACACGCCAAAAAAUGACGGUGACUUGCAAAAUGAUUCACCACGCGACGAGAUAAACAACGAGCGUUCAAGACUAGAACAGCAACUUCCGGUUAAGCUUGAGCUUUUGGAGUUGCAACGGAGAAGAUGUCGCGAUCACAAAGCUGCGAGCUUGAUUUUGGAACAGGCUGUGGUUGCCUUGGAAACUGCCGCGCAAGAGCAAGAUACGUUAUUGGUUGGUGGAGAUUAUUUGCGGCGGAAGUCUAGCUGGUCUAGCAUCGAAGAAGGUAAUAGUAAUAGUUUAUUAAUAAUCUAUUUUGUGAACAAAAAAUACAUCGGCAACUUCUAGACACCUCUCUAAUACAGAUACUUCUCUGAUACUUGCACCUCUCAGAUACAAACAUUUUGCAAUGUUCCUUCAAUGUGCGUAUCAGAAAGGUCAAAUGUAGUUAAAUUGUAUUGUUUAAAAUAUUUCUGUUUUUAGAAACAGAAAGUCCUGACGUUCGGAAAGAGGUUUCACCACAAGAGGUUUCACUACAUGAGGAAGAAACGGACAACAAAGACGUUCCUUCUCCCAACAGUAGCACAGAAUUGGUAGGAAAUCCAAGCAGGAAAGAUGGCCUAGCAGAUGCUUUGGUUAAGGUAUUUGAGAGGUUAUUAAAUGCUCAGCAAGGGAGCAAUGAUCCUCAGUUGGAUUCAUGCGCAAGUGAUAGCGAGCUCAGUGAAGUGGAAACAUCGUCAACCCAGGAUGUCCCCAGUGAUGAUGAAGGUUCCACGAAAAAUCAAGAUUCCGAGAAUUUGGAAGAUGCAUCUUCUACAAAUAGCAGUCCACGUCCGACAGAGCCAAAACCGGAAGAUCCAGAAGGUCAUCCAGAAACCGACGACAACACUUCAGUUCCAGUAAUAUUCAAACUCCCACCGCGUAUUGAAAACAUUCUUAAUAUCGAAAGGUUUAACAUGAGCCGUUUACUUCGCGAUGAGUAUAUUGAUAAAAUCCGACGAGGCCGAGAAAAAUUGCGUCGGGUAAGGGCCAAAAAAGAGCAGAAAAACGGGGAAAUGGUUUCGAAAUUUCAGGAUGAAGUGAGAGCUCUGUUGGAAGAUGUGGAAUUCGGAGAAAGUGGGAGAGAGGAGAAGAUUCCACCACGACAGCGGCAGAAGUUGACGGCAACUCCAAGUUAUGAUAGCGGUAUUGUUGAUCCUGUGGAGCAAGACAAGGAGGAUGUUGUUAAGAAAUACAAAGAAUUGUUGGAAAAAGCAAGGAGAGAUUUGAACCGUGCUCAUAGGGCUCUUAAAGCUAGGAAUAGUGGAAGGGGGGAGGUCAUGGACGAGAUAGCAGCAAUGAAAAGAAGUUCGAAAGAAGCGAAGAAUGAUCUGGAUGAAUUGGAAGGAAAACGAAGUGAUUUAGAUCAUGAACGCGGUGUUUUGUUAGGGAAGAUUAAAGAUGCUCAAAUUUCUGCAAAUACAAAUGACGAACGACAAGGUACAGAAAAUGAAAUGGUUCAGAAGGAUAUGGACAAGCACACGGAAGAAUUGGAAAACAAGAUUAAGAAGCUUUGUGAAGAGAAAGUGGCCGCAGAAGAAGAAGUAAAGGAACUGCAAAGAAAGUUGGUAGCUGGAACAGGGGGAGAAGAUAUUCUGAAAGAUUUGCAGGAAAAAUUAACUGACGUGAACGAUAAGAAAUCGAGGCUGGACGAAAAGUGCGCAGAGUUGGAGAGCGAAAAGCUAGAAAAAGAUGAAAGAUUUGAAACUGCAAUGAAGGGAAAAGAGCAAGAGGUCAGUGAAUUACAAAAGAAAUUGGUAGCUGGAACAGGUGCAGAGGAUAUUUUGAAAGAAUUGCAGGGAAAUUUGGAAAAGGCAAAAGAUGAGAAAUUAGAAGUUGAAGAAAAAUGUUCUGGUCUGGAGAAGGCGAUAAAGGAAAAGGAGGAGGAGUUAAGCAAAAGUAAAGAAGAAACGGAAGCACUGGAAAGGAAAUCAGUGGAAGGAACUGGCGCUGAGGAGAUUGUUGAAAAACUACAAGGAAAGUUGAAUGAGACGAAAGCCGAAAAAGCAACAGUGGAGGAAAGGUGUCAUGAACUAGAGCAUGAAAUUGAAAAGAAGAAUAAGGAAUUAACAAAUGUGAAGGAACAUCAACAACAAGAAGUUAAUGAAUUGCAGCGGAAGCUUGUGGCUGGAACUGGAGGAGAAGACAUUCUGAAGGAUUUACAAGAGAAGUUGCAGGAAACGAAAGAGCAGAACAGUAGUGUGGAACAGAACAAUUCCGAUUUGCAAAAAGAAAUUGAAAGAAAGGAGAAAGCAUUGUGUGAUGAAAAGAAGAAAAUGGAAGCAGAAAUAAAUUACUUGCAGACAAAGUUGGUGGCUGGGACGGGAGGGGAAGAGAUUCUCAAAGAGUUACAAGAGAAGAAACAGGAAGCGGAAAACCAGAAAUGUAGUUUAGAAGAGAGGAAUGUUGAACUGGAAAAGGAAAUUGAAAGAAAGGAGAAAGCGUCUGGUGAUGAGGAAAACAUGAUGAGAGAGGAAAUAAAUGACUUACAAAGAAAAAUGGUGGCUGGCACUGGAGGAGAGGAGAUACUAAAGGAUUUACAAGAUAAUUUGCAGGAAGCGAAAGAGAAGAAUAGUAGUCUGGAACAAAGGAAUUCAGAACUACAAAGAGGAAUAAAAGAAAAUGAGAAGACAUUUUCUGAUAACGAGAAGAAAAUGGAGGAUGAAAUAAAUGACCUGCAAAGAAAGUUGGUGGCUGGAACCGGAGGAGAAGAGAUUCUUGCUGAAUUACAAGAUACACUUCGGCAAGCCAAAGAAGAUAAAGCUGCAUUACAGAUAAAAUACGAAGAACUUGGAGACAAAGGGAACGAAAAGAACAAAGAAUUGAGUAAUGAAAUUAAAGAAAAAGAAAGUGAAAUAAAUGAACUGCAGAAAAAGUUGGUUAGUGGAACAGGAGGGGAAGAAAUAUUAACUGAAUUACAAGAUAAACUUGAAAAGUCCAAAGAAGAAAAUGUCGCUUUACAAACAAAAUGUGAGGAACUAGAAGGUAAAGCAAAAGCAAGCGAUAAAGAAUUUGAGGAUGAAAUUAAAAGGAAAGAAAAUGAGAUUAUUGACUUGCAGAAAAAUUUGGUUAGUGGAACUGGAGGAGAGGAAAUUGUUGCUGAAUUACAGGAUAAGCUUGAAAGGGGAAAAGAGGAGAAUGCUGCCUUGCAGACAAAAUGUGACAAACUCGAGGACACAGUUAAGGCAAGGGACAAAGAAUAUAUCGAUGAAAUUAAGGAGAAAGAUAAUGAGAUAAGUGACUUGCAGAAAAAGUUGGUGAGCGGAACUGGAGGGGAGGAAAUUCUUUCUGAAAUACAAGAUAAACUUGAAAGGGGCAAUGGGGAGAAAACUGCCUUGCAGACAAAAUGUGAAGAUCUUGAAGACAAAGCGAAGGCAAAGGAUAAAGACUUUGGCAAGGAAAUUAAGGAGAGGGACACAAAAAUUAAUGAAUUACAGAAGAAAUUGGUGAGUGGAACGGGAGGGGAGGAAAUUCUUACUGAAUUACAAGAUGAACUUGCAAUGGGAAAAGAGGAGAAUACUAUCUUGCAGACAAAAUGUAAAGAUCUUGAAGACAGGGCAAAAACAAAGGAUGAAGAAUUUAGCAAGGAAAUUAAGGAGAAAGAUAAUGAGAUUCGUGACUUGCAGAAAAAGUUGGUGAAUGGAACUGGAGGGGAGGAAAUUCUUGCUGAAUUACGAGAUAAACUUCAGAAUGCCACAAAAGAGAAAGACACUUUGCAAACAAAGUAUGAAAAUCUUCAAGACAAAGCAAAGGCAAAGUAUAGAGAGUUUAGUGAUGAAAUUAAGGAGAAAGAUAAUGAAAUUAGUGAUUUGCAGAAAAAGUUGGUUAGUGGAACAGGAGGAGAGGAAAUUCUUGCUGAAUUACAGGAUAAACUUGAAAGGGGAAAAGAGGAGAAAACUGCCUUGCAGACAAAAUGUGAAGAUCUUGAAGAUAAAGCGAAGGCAAAGGAUGAAGAGUUUGGCAAGGAAAUUAAGGGGAAGGACACAAAAAUUAAUGAAUUGCAGAAAAAAUUGGUGAGUGGAACGGGAGGGGAGGAAAUAGUUGCUGAAUUACAAGAUGAACUUGCAAGGGGAAAAAAGGAGAAUACUAUCUUGCAGACAAAAUGUGAAGAUCUUGAAGACAGGGCGAAAACAAAGGAUGAACAGUUUAGCAAGGAAAUUAAGGAGAAAGAUAAUGAGAUUAGUGACUUGCAGAAAAAGUUGGUUAGUGGGACAGGAGGAGAGGAAAUACUUGCUGAAUUACAGGAUAAACUUGAAAGGGGCAACAAGGAGAACGCUGCCUUGCAGACAAAAUGUGACAAACUCGAGGACACGGUUAAGGCAAGGGAUAAAAAAUAUAUUGAUGAAAUUAAGGAGAAAGAUAAUGAGAUUAGUGACUUGCAGAAAAAGUUGGUUUCUGGAACUGGAGGGGACAAAAUACUCGCUGAAUUACAGGAUAAACUUGAGAAUGCCAAAAAAGAGAAAGAUGCUUUGCAAACAAAUUGUGAAGAUCUUGAAGACAGGGCGAAAGCAAAGGAUGAACAAUUUAGCAAGGAAAUUAAAGAGAAAGAUAAUGAGAUUAGUGACUUGCAGAAAAAGUUGGUUAGUGGAACAGGAGGAGAGGAAAUUCUUGCUGAAUUACAAGAUAAACUUGAAAGGGGAAAAGUGGAGAAUACUACCUUGCAGACAAAAUGUGAAGGUCUUGAAGGCAAAGCGAAGGCAAGGGAUAAAGAGUUUGGCCAGGAAAUUAAGGAGAGGGACACAAGAAUUAAUGAAUUACAGAAAAAAUUGGUGAGUGGAACGGGAGGGGAGGAAAUAGUUGCUGAAUUACAAGAUAAACUUGCAAGUGGAAAGGAGGAGAAAACUAUCUUGCAGACAAGAUGUGAAGAUCUAGAAGACAGGGCGAAAACAAAGGAUGAACAAUUUAGCAAGGAUAUUGAAGAGAAAGAUAAUGCGAUAAAUGACUUGCAGAAAAAGUUGGUGAGUGGAACUGGAGGGGAGGAAAUUCUUGUUGAAUUACAAGAUAAACUUGAGAAUACUAAAAAAGAGAACGAUGCUUUGAAAACAAAUUGUGAAGACCUUGAAGACAGGGCGAAAGCAAAGGAAGAAGAAUUUAGCAAGGAAAUUAAGGAGAAAGAUAAUGAGAUUCGUGACUUGCAGAAAAAGUUAGUGAGUGGAACUGGAGGGGAGGAAAUUCUUGCUGAAUUACAAGAUAAACUUGAGGAUGCCACAAAAGAGAAAGACUCUUUGCACAGAAAAUGCGCAGAUCUUGAAGACAAAGCAAAGGGAAAGGAUUUGGAAUUUAGUGAUGAAAUUAAGGAGAAAGAUGGUGAGAUAAGUGACUUGCAGAAAAAGUUGAUUAGUGGAACAGGAGGAGAGAAAAUUCUUGCUGAAUUACAGGAUAAACUUGGAAGCGGCAAAGAGGAGAAAACUGCCUUGCAGACAAGAUGUGAAGAUCUUGAAGACAAAGCGAAGGCAAAGGAUAAAGAGUUUGACAAGGAAAUUAAGGAGAGGGACAUAAGAAUUAAUGAAUUACAGAAAAAAUUGGUGAGUGGAACGGGAGGAGAGGAAAUUCUUGCUGAAUUACGAGAUGAAUUAAAAGAGGUUAAACACGAGAAUGCUGUUUUGCAAGCACAAUGUUCAGGAGAUGAAAACAAAGCGGCGGCAAGAGAAAAAGGAUUAGAAGAUGAAAUGAAAGUGAAAGAAUAUGAAAUUGAGAACUUGCAGAGACAGUUAGUUUCUGGCACUGGUUGCGAAGAAAUGCUGAAUGAAUUGCAAGACAAGCUUAAAAUCACCAAAGAAGAAAAUGCUGGGUUGCAAGAAGAAUGUUCCCAAUUAGAAGAAUGUUUGGUUGCAAAGGAUAAAGAAUUCGAUGGUAAAAUCAAGCAAAAAGAUGCGGAAAUUUUUGAACUGCAAAGAAAGCUAGUAAGUGGAAGUGGUGGUGAAGAAGUUCUUCUGGACUUGCAAAAUAAGUUGAAAGACACCUACGAGGAGAAGGGCUUACUUGAAGAAAGAUGUUUGGAAUUGGCAGGGGAAGUAAAAUUGAAAGAUAAGGAAUUGUUCAAUCAAAAGAAAGAAAAUGCAGAAGAAGUGAAUGAUUUGCAAAAAAAGUUAAUAGCUGGGACUGGAAGCGAAGAAGUGUUGCAAGAAUUGCAAAAUAAGUUGAAAGAAACUGAAAUGGAGAAAGAAAUGAUGGUCGAAAAAUGUUUGAUACUUAAAGACGAAGUUGAAAAGAAAGAUAUGGAAGCAAAAGAAGAAAAAGCUAAAAGGGAUGAAGAAGUCAAUAAACUACAAAAGAAGUUGCUCAGCGGGACAGGAGGAGAAGAAGUUUUGGAAGAAUUGCAAGAGAAGUUGAAGGAAGCUGAAAUGGGGAUGGGAAUAUUAAAAGAAAAAUAUUCCAAACUUGAAAAUGAAAUUGAAAAGAAAGAUAUGGAAGCAAAGAAAGAAAAUACUAAAAGAGAUGAAGAAGUCAAUAAAUUACAAAAGAAGUUGAUCAGUGGAACAGGAGGAGAAGAGAUUUUGGAAGAAUUACAAGAGAAGCUUAAAGGAGCUGAAAAGGAAAAACAAAAGCUGGAACGAACUUGUGCUGAAUUGGACGGAGACAUAGAGAAGAAGGACAAACAAUUGCAGAGGAAAGACGAAGAAGUAAAUGAUUUGCAGAAGAAGAUCGUCGCAGGAACUGGCGGAGAAGAUUUGCUUGGGGAACUGCAAGAAAACUUAAGAGAUGCUAAAAAAUCCGAGAAAGCCUUGGAGAAAAGAUGUUCUGUGUUCGAAAAAGAUUUGCAAGAAAAGGACGAUGGUAAUAAAAAUAAACAGAAUGAAAUCGAAGAGCUUCAAAGAAAGUUAUUAAGCGGUACUGGUGGCGAGGAGGUGCUUCUCGAUUUGCAAGAAAAAUUAAAUGAAGCAGGUAAGGAGAAAACAAUGCUGGAGUCGGAGUUGGCCGAACUGGAAACAGACAGCGAAGAAAUUAAUGCGAAAUUUGCCAAGCAAUUGAACGACAAACAAGAAGAGAUCAAUAAACUCCAAAGAGAUUUAGUAGAGGGAACAGGAGCUGAAGAAGUUGUUGCAGACUUACAAGAAAAGCUUGCUGUUGCUAACAAAGAAACUAAAAAGUUAGAAGCAAAAUGUCAUGAACUAGAAAAGUGCAAGAGGCAGACAAAUUUAGAUCGUGAUGAUGGAAAGGAAUUGAAGCGCCUUCAAGUUGCCAAUAAAGUUUUGGAAAAUGAAAAUGAAGCCAAACAAGAUAAAAUCAAUGAGCUUCAGUUUAAGAUGAUACAAGGAACUGGGGGAGAGGAUGUAUUAAAAGACUUACAGAAUGAUUUGAGUGAGGCGAAUGAAAAAAAUAAAGAGUUGGAAAUAAGGAAUGCAGAACUUGAGCAUGGUAGAGAUGGUUUGGAUGAAUAUGGAGAGGGGAAUAUUGCUGCUGUUUUAAAGGAGGAAAACGAAAGAUUAGAAGCGAAUAACGACAAAAUGGUUGAAAAAUUAGAAAAUCUACAAAAAAAUAUUGUUAAUGGAACGGGAAGCGAAGAAUUGUUACAAGAACUUCAAAAUGAAAUUAAGGAGCUUAGCUCUGAGAACAGCGAGCUUAGAAAGGAAAAGAGAGAGAAGGAAGCUACCGACCGUGGAGGGAAAGAUGUGAAACAACUUGAAAAAGAUUUAAACAAAGCAAAGCUCGAAAGGAAACAUUUAAUUUCAGAUAAUGAAAGUAAAGAUGAAGAAAUAGCUGAUCUUCAGAAGAAGUUAGUUGCUGGAAGCGGAGGGGAAGAAUUGCUGGGAGAUCUUCAGCAGGAAAUUAAGGCUUUAAAAGAUGCGAACAAAAACAUGGCUAUACAAUGUCAUGAUGUGGAAGAGAUGAAUAAAGAUAUGAUUGACGAAAAAGAGAAAUACAAAAAGCUGGAAAAGGGUUUGUUUAGGGCAAAGAUGGAGAAUGAAAAAGUGGCGGAAGAGAAUGAAGCGAAAGAUAAAGAAAUCUGUGAACUUCAGAGAUUGAUAGUUGAUGGAAGCGGUGCGGAAGAACUUCUUAAAACAUUACAAGAUAAGAUCAAGGAGACAACUGAGGAUAAUAAAGCGUUGGAAAAGAAGUGUUCUGAUUUAGAAAGUGAUACCGUUGGGCUGGCGGAAGAUACAGAACGUCUACAGCAAAGAGUGAUCGAUUUGGCCGAAGCGGAAAACGAAAUUGAACGACUUGCUCAGGAUUGUGAAGAAAAAGAACGACAGAUUGUUGAACUGCAGCGAAAAUUAGUGGCAGGAACUGGAUGUGAAGAAAUGUUGGAAGACCUACAAAAUAAAGUUAAGAACCUACAGGAAAAGAAUAAUGACCAUGAAAGAAAGUUAGCUAAAUCCAGGAAAGACGCAAUAGUUCUAGAAGGUUUGGAAAAGAAAAACAAGGGCAGGAAAAAUGAACGGAAAGUUCCAGAUAGAUUUGGACAUGUGGGAACUGAUGAUAAUUCAACUGAAGGCAGUUUUGAUAUUCGUAAGCUUAAAAGUAAAGAUGUUUCUUCUAGAGAUCAAGAAUUUGUUGGUCUGUCGCAUCGUGAUGGAACAGAGGUAGCAGAUGAAGAUAUUAACGAGCCACUCACUUACGAGGAAUGUUUGCAAAUGAUUCCGGAAAUUAAAGACGAGAAAGACUAUUGGAAAGAGAAGUAUAAGGCAUUGAGAAUGAAAGUUGGGGGACAGUUUGUUGAUAUAAUCCCUGACGUUUGGAACAACGAAACAACAUUGGAGAAAGAACGCGAGGAGAUUUUGUCACAGCUCUCAAAAUUAAGACAAGAAAUUACUGAGAGAGAGACUCCAGUUGUGAAAACUGUUUCCGAACAAGAUAGAAUCGAGACAGAGCUGAGUGGUGUUGAAGAUGAUCUCGAAGUUUGCAGUGGGAAUUUAGAACAACUGCAUGAAAUGCAAAAUGAACAGAAGGUGAUUGGAAAAAAUGAGGGAAAAUUGAUAGAGUGUUUACAUCAACUAGGGCUCAAGACUGAUUCAUUGGUGGAAAGUGACAGUAAAGAGAGAAAAAGUAGUGACAUUCCGAUGAUUCGAGAUGGCAGCGAUAUUGAAGCGCUUGAAAGAAAACUUGAACAGUUAUACAAUGAAGUGGAAGAGCUUUUAACCGAAGAACAAAACUUAAAAGAUAGAGAAAAGGAUAUCAGUUGUCUAGUUGAUGAUAAAAUUAACACUGAAAAUGAGAUUCAAGAAAUUGAGGCAGCUAUUCAAAAUUUACAAAAAGGUUUGUCCACACAGAACGAUUUAAACCCAUCGUAUUCUAGCUUCAACCGUAAUUUAGAAGAUGCAACGAAUCGGGAAUCUGAGGGAAUAAAUAAUGAACUUGAAAAAAUACAACACGAAAUCAAUAUACUCCAGUCCUCAUUUGAAACACCGAACUCUUCAAGCGGUCAGGAAGUUAAUAAUUUACUUGAUCUGAUGAAAGAGAAGUCGAAACUCGAAGACGAACUCACAGACACGGAGAAAUCGUUGAAUCAACUUGGAAAGCGAGAAUACGAGACUUUAGUUAAGGAGAGAGAAACACAUGAAAAAGUUGCGAAGAAAUUACUCGAACUUUCUCGUGAAAGGGAAGUGACCGAAGGAGAGCUGCAAGAAUUGGAAGCGCUAGCUCAGGAGAAAGAAAGUCAACUUCAGAAAAGCUUCAACACGGAGUUGACAAGUAAAGAAGCUUCGGACACGUCAACUAAAAAGAGAAGAGGUUUUAGAAAGAGAAAGAGUAGCUCUGGAGUAAAGUCUGAAGACCCUGGAUCAAUUUCGUCGGCAGAGGAAGGAUUUUCUGAGAUUGAUUUGGGAGAGCCGCCAUUAAGCUCCGACGCUGCACUCGCUCUGAGUGAAGAACUUGGUUCCUUGAUUCAAAAGAAAAGUUCCCUUGCAGUUCGUUUGGAAGGGUUGGGCAAAGAAAUAACUGCACAGUCUUUGAAGGUUGAGAAAUCACUUAUAGGAGUGAAGGAUGAUCCCAGCGCGGAACCAUCACUUGGCGCGGGUUAUGUUUCGGUCGAAGACCUCACCCAAAGUCAAAUGUCUAUCUUUGAUGAUUAUAAUAUGGUCGAUGAAUUGAGUUUGGCAACAGGUAUUGUUCGAGAGGAAAGAGUGAAGCGAAAGUCGUCUCGAAGGGCUCCCAUGUCGAAAUUGUUAAAAGAAAAAUCAGCUUUGGAAAAGAAGCUAAAAGAAUCGCAAGGUAAAGUGUUGGUUCAAAAUACCAAAGUUAAGAACGCUUUGAAAGAGGAAAAAGAUGCCAGGAAAGCCAAAGAAAAGUUUGUUCAGGCCGCUCAAGAUAGGAAAGCGGUUGAGAAUGAUCUUUCAAAUGUUUGCAGCAAAAUUGAUGAACUCGCAUCAGAAGAAGGUUCUGUCAAAGAAAAAAAGGCAAAAACUCCAAAAGGCAGGAAAUCUAUGUCGAAGAAUGAUAAAAGACGGUUGUUAUCGCAACGGGAAAGUUUGGGUAAGCAGUUGGACACUAUUAAAAAGAAAAUUGAAAAUUUCAGUCUGGAUGGAGAAGAUGCAGAAUUGGCCGAUUUCCCGGAAAUGAAAGAGGCUGGAAAUAUUGGAAAUACAGUCGAAAGAUUACGAGAAUUACUAGCUCGUGAAGCUGAACUAAAACAAGAGCUUAAUCGACUAACUUCGAAGGAAUUAUUGAGCGAAAGCUCUGGUUCAGGCAUGAUUUCCGAUUACGGUUCGUCAGAUGAAGGAGCUGGAGGAAUGUUGGAUAAUGGUGGUGAAUUAGGGAAACGUGAUGAUAAAGAUAGACAUAUGAAGGACUUUGGUGAAACUUCUGAUUCGGGUGCAUUAGAUGAAAGUUUUGAUAACAAGGGAAUGCUUAAAGAAAUGUUUAGGGAUGUCGGAAAUCAAGUGAAAAGUUUGUCCACUGCGAAGGAAGAACAGGAAACAGAGGCUACACCCCCUACAACUCAAACAGAAGACACCUCAAACACAACUAUCGAUUAUGGGAAAGCCAGUUUACUAGAAAAGGGCGCCCAGAAUCAGACAAAUCCUUCUGUUUUACCACAAACCCAUUACUCCAAGGAUACUAUGCUAAGCUCUGAGAAAGAUGGUAAAAUGGUGGCUGACAGGUCUGCUCCUUAUUCUGAAGUGAUGGAACUACUUCUUAAAGAGAAAGCAAAAAAGGAGGCGAAAUUGUCUGGUCUUGAAAACGAAAUUGAGAAUGAGGAAAGUGGUGACGAUAAAACUAAGGACGCCGAUCUGGUUUCCCAAAGAAAACGGGAGGAUCUUAAAAAUAAAAUGAAGUUGGCUUUGAACGAGCUACAACAGCGGAAAGAAGCAUUAGGCGAAUCAAAGAAUGUAUUAAGAAAUUCAACCAAGGGAAGUAGCGAAGAUCCAGAACAGGUUCUUGACGAUAGUCGUAUUGCUCUCACACAACAAAAAGACAAGUUGGAGGCAGACUUGGUGGCUGUUAAAGACGAACUGGACAAGCAAACACAAAGUGGAGAAAGUUUAGAUGACAUUUCGGCCGAUUACCAGGUUUACAAAGAUAUUAAACGCAAGGAAAAGGAUCUAGUUGCAGCACUGGACAAAGUAAACGACAAGCUACAUAAAAGAAAAGACUGGUCGGCCAUGGAUAACCCAGGGGAAAAGAAUGAUACGAACUUAGGAGAGACCUAUGCGGAUAUCUUGAAACGAAUGACAGAAGAAAAUCUUAACAUGGCCGACCUUAUUCAUGAACUGGAAGAAACCAAAGAAACGCUUUCAAAAGAACGAGAGAUAACGAUUGAACUACUUGAUCUUAUUAAGUCUAGAGUUGGGAACGAAUUGCUUGAAGCACUGAUGGGUGAAGGCCUACAGAGUCCUUCAAUUGAAAUUCGUGAGAUCGGUAUGUUUGGCGGGGAAGAAUAUCCGGAAUUGUUUGAUGAAGUUGAAAAUGAUACGGUCACCGUGGCUGCAAUAAUUGAUGAUUAUAAGAAAGUUAACCAGUUCUUGUUCAAAGAAAACCAAAAGCUCCACGAAAAGAUUGAAUUGUUGAAAGCUAAAGUUGACGAGGAUCUUUUCUCUUCAAUUGUUGAUCAAGAUUCAACUGCUGAUAUUGAGAUUUCAAAGAAACACGAGAUUUCUAAGAUCCUGGAAAAUAAUAAAACACUUUUCGAACAGAUUGUAUCCAAUACUGAAAGUCAGAAUGAAGAGCUUCAAAGUUUGAGAGUGGAGUUGGAAGGUGUCAGGAAGGCUGAUAAAGAGAACAAGGAAAGUGAUUUGAGUAAAAUGAAAGAGAAAGUGGAAGAUAUUUCCAUAGAGUUGGAUGAGGCGAAGAAAAGAAGAGAGGAACUUGUACACAAACUAAAAGAUAUGGAGAAUGAUCUUAAUUGUUCAAACGAAACCUUCGAGAUAGCUGGAGAAGAACAUGGACAUUCCACAGCUGUAGUCGAUAGUUCUUUGAACGGGAGUAAUGAGUCCCAAAAUCAGGCGAACUCGACAAAAAAGAUGGAUAAAUCGAUAGAGAAUAAACGGGAAUUAAAGAAGUUAAGUGCUACAAAAGAGGAUGUUGGUAGUUCUUCGGAUAGGCUAAAUGAAAUACAAAAUCUGGCGGAGUCGACAAAAGAGAAGGAUGAAUCGAAGCAAAAAGACAAGGAUAAUAUUCUUCAGGAAGCAAGAUCAAGCCUGGAAGAGGCGGAAGAAUUAGGUAAUAGGGUGGAUAUUGAAUUGGAAAGAUUGAGUACAGAGCUUGUUCAAACAGAAACACCUGAAGCCAGUAUUCCAAAAGUAAAUUCCGUGAAACAAAGUGAUGGAUUGGGAAGUGAAUUAAACAAGGAGUACGGGAAUGAAGAUUUUGGAAGUGGGAACGGUAGGGGAUAUAACGAGGAUGAUAGGCGAUAUCGUAAGGAUAAUGGGGGAUAUAGUGAGGAUGGUCAGGAAAGUGAUGAGGAUGAUAAGCAGGACAAUGAGGGAUUGAACGAAAAGAUGUCCCGUGUAGAAAAUCUUCAGAAAUCCUUUGUCGCUAAGCUGGAUGAAGUUCAGAAAUUACAAGAGAAGUUCAAAAGAAAUUUGGAAGAUUCUGUACGCGAUGAGAUUGAAAUACAGAAUGAAUCCCUAAAGGACAAACUUGCUAAUCUUGAGAUAGAAAACGAAGAAUUAGUGUCUAAAUUACAGAAAAUUGAAGCCAUGAACGAAGAAUUGAGAAAUAAUUUGGAGUUAAGUAAGGAAGCCUGUGAUGAAAAUACUGAGCUGAAAGCAAAAACGCAAAGUUUGGAAAAGGAAAUAGAGGAAACUAUUGCUAAGUUGAAUGAGACUCGUAAGGAACGGGACGAAGUUAUAGAAGAGUUUGAAAACUUGCAAAAAGAGAACAAAAACAUUGAAGAGCAUUUAAGCUCAGCUGGAAAUGAAAACAGUGAGUUAAAAGAAAAGAUGGCUGAUUUACAAAAUGAUAAAGAGGAACUGGCUACCAACUUGAAUGAGAGUAACAAGGCAAGAAAUGAAAUUGCUGUAGAAUUGAAAAAUUUGCAGGAAGAGGUGGAAGCUUUAAAAGAGACAUCGAGCUUGCUAGAAAAAGCAAAUGACGAAAUGAAAGAGAAAAUCCGUGAUCUAGAAAACGAAAAUGAGAAAAUUACAUCUAAGUUAAAUGAAGCAAAUGAAGAUAAUAAGGAAAUUGCCAAAGACGUGGAAGAUUUAGAAAAGGAAAAUAAAUCUCUAGAAGAUUUACUAGACGCACAGAGAAAGGAAAACCACGAAUUGGAAGAGAAAAUACAAUGUGGAAAAGACGAACUUCUUGUAAAGUUGAACGAAGCUGAUCGGAUUAGACAAGAAGUUGUUGAAGAUCUAGGAAAUUAUGAGGAAAAUAAUAAAUCUCUUCAAGAGAAGAUAGGGACACUAGAAAACGAAAAUAAAGAAUUAAAUGAAGUAAUUCGCGCUUUAAAGAAUGAAAACGAGGAAGGCAUUGUCAAGCUGAAUGAAAUUAAGGAGACAAUAAAAGACAAUGAAGAAAAGCUAGAGUCCUUGAACGAUUUGGCACAAGAAAAUGAAUCACUCAAAGAGAGGUUAGGCUACCUAGAAAACGAAAACAAAAAAUUAAAAGACGAAAUCCAAGAGAAUGAAUCCAUUAAAGAAACUUUGGCUUCGUUGGAAAACGAAAACAAUGAAAUAAUUCCAAAGAUGGAAAGACUUGAAAAACUAAACAAGGAACUGGAAGAUGAAAUUGAGUAUUUAAGAAAAGAAGAGAAAGAUUUUGAAUCGUUAAAUGAAAAGUUGAAGGCGAACGAAUUUGCUCGAGAGAAUAUUAGGGAAGAGCUGGGAGAUUUGAGAAACGAUAUGGAGGAAGUUGAAGAUUUUGUUCGUGAGAAUUUGCGUCAGGAUACUGGAAAUGGUGUAAUAUCGGCAUUAGAAAAAUGCAAAGAAAACUGUGAAAAAAAUGGAAAACAAAACAACCUUUUGAAAGCAGAAGUUGAAAAGAUGGAAAAAAUUCAGAAUGUAGUUGGCGAUAAUCUAUCUGAGAAGCUUUUGGAGUUAUCGAAAGAAGGGAUGAUUUUGAAUGAUACGCAGGAGAUUCCGAAAUGUGUUGAGGGACUCGUUAAAGAUAAAAAUACUUUGGCCAGUGUCUUAAACGAAUAUGAGAACGACCUUGAUAAAGUUAAACAACAUCUUGGUGAGAGCUUGUUUUCACUUGUCGUGGGUAAAGACGCUGGUUUAAACGGUGAAGAAAAUGACCAACGCUUAAAAAUGGCGGAAGAGUUAAGAUGUGGUAGACAUAUCGAAGACGUCGUUAGAGAAUACGAAGAUUUAAUAAAUUCUCAUGCGAGUGAUACAGAAACUGUCGAACAUCUUCAGGUGAAAGUUAAUGUGUUGGGGCAAGAAUUGGAAGCUCUCAGAAAGCAGAGAGAUGGUGUUUUGGUGGAAGAUGACAGACCCAAGACAAGUUCCGGAGAUGAUUUGAGAAAUCAGAAUGAAUCAGAUGUUGAAAAUGGUGGGCUGGAUGGUCGAGAAAAUUCCGGUGAAUCAGUGAAGUUAUCUGAAGCGGCACCUGUAGCAAGUAAUGUUUCGCUCAUAUUUUUAGUUUUUUAUUCUAUAAACUGACACAGUGGUUAUUAAUUUGCUUUCCACCUUUGGGACCGGGGUAUCACUCCAGUUUUGUUGUACACGACAAGUCAGUUACAAACUUGCAGCAGUCUUGUAGCGAUUCUGUUCCGACAACUUGUCAACAGGAUGUGUUCGCACUGCUUGGUUGCUACAAGGUUGUUGAGCUCAACAGAUUUGUUACAAGUUGUUCCAAAGACUUGUUAUCGUUCUGCAAUUCAACAAUUUAACAAGUUGUGAGUGACAACCGUGUAGCAACUUGAUAAAAUAACAACAUUGUUACAACUUGUUUACAAGCUUGCUACAAGCCUUUUGCGAAUACAUCUCGUUGGCAAGUUGUGAGAUUUUUACGUGUGUUGUUUGACAUUACCAACAUAGCAAUGUGGUUUUCUCCAGUAGUAACACUAGAAUAAUAAAAAAUGCGUUUUGCUGGAGUUUAUGAAGUACAAACACUCUUACAUGCCUCAUAAAUAGUUUGUUGGUUUCCGCGAGGGGUGUGUUUAGAAAACCAGUACAUUAGUAAACAAUUUUAUCAUACCUUUCGUUUUAGAUGCUGAAGGUGGAGACCAAAUUUUAAAGUCGAGCCAAGAAUAUCAGAAUGAUAGCUUGAUGGACAUUGAAUACGAAGAUCUUCUGAAGAAGGUCAUGGACCAUCAGGCAGAGAUUGAAGAAGCCGAGCAGCUACUUCGUGUACAGAGGGCAAAACACGAGGCGGAUAAACAAAAAAUGAUAGAGCAAGUUAACGCGGAGAAAUCAAACAUGCAACAGUUGAUUAACAACGAGAGAGCAUCGAUGGAAAAAGCAAUGCAAAAUCUUAUCAACGAAAUCGUUCGGUUGAAGGAGGAACGAAAUGAGAUCAGAAAGAAUAAUAGAAUUGAAAAAGAGAAACUUGUGCUGGCUUUUGAAAAUGAGCGAACUGAGUUGUUAUCGAGUUAUGAAGAGAUGAAAAAUGAAAUUGAAGGAAAAUUAGAAAAGAAGUUUCAGGAUGAUUUGGAAAAGGUCAAAAAAGAAAUGGAAGCACGAGAAGUGGAAUUAAAAGAGGAAUUGAUGAAAUUCAAAACAGAAAGAAAUAAUUUGGUAUGUGCUUGAGUUAUAUUCUCCACAAUAGAAGCAAUUACGUGUUUUCUUUAAAUUUAACAAAAAAAUCUCCCAGUAAGUCAGAAACCUUUUAGGAUAGUUAUUUCUCAAAUCAGAUCAUUACAUUGUAUUGUAAGAAAUAUAUUAUAAGAAAUAAUUGCAAACUUGUUGCCAAUGACAAUCUGAUAAUUUCCCAACAGGCUUCAAAAGUUGCAGAAAUGGAAGAUAAAAUUGGGAAUGAAAUAACUGGAAGUGAAAAGAAUGAAAAAUUGUGGCUUUCGAAUGAAAAAGAAUCGAAAGAGCAGAUCAAGAAUGAGUUUGAAGAAAAAAUGAAAGUGGAGAAGAAGCGAUUCCAAGAAACAUUGAACUCGUUGAGACAGGAGAUCGAGAGGUUGCAGAAAGAAAGAAGCAAGGCGAUGAAUGAAAUUUCUACGCAACAAGGAGAUAGUUUAAAACAGGUAAUAAUAUCGUUGGAUAAAGUGAACGAAAGGCACUUACGCACUUGUUUAUACUGUUCUGCCUAAAUUAUUUUUCCUAGAGACCCAGUAAGAGUCAUUCCUUCUUGAAUGUUGAUCCAGUAUUACUACAGAAGGAAACCUAAUCUAAACUAACUUUAUUUAUACUGGAUAUCAUAGCUCUAUCAGUUCUAAACUGUUCUCUCUAGAGGUCCAGUAAGGAUCAUCUCUUGUUGAUUCAGUGUUACUACAGAAGGAAACCUAAUCUAAACUAACUUUGUUUAUACUGGAUAGUUCUAUCAGUUCUAAACUUUUCUCCCUAGAGAUCCAGUAAGAGCCAUCCCUUGUUGUUCCAGUGUUACUACAAAAGGGAACCUAAACUAAACUUAUAUAUAUAUAUAUUGAAUAGCUUUUUUCACUUAAGAUAAAACAUUUCACGACAAACAUAAACUUUGUUGGAAAUAGCUUCUAAAUAUAACUCUAGAAAUGUAAUAUUUCAGUAAAACUCUGUUGAAAAAAAUCCUAAAAAGCAUCCUGUUCUUUACGAAAUUUUAGACCACGGACAUUUCAGCCAGCGAAGCUGUUAUUUACGACCGGCUGGAGUCAGAAUUUAGAACAAAAAUGAACUCGGAGAAGAUGUUUAUGGAAAGUCGUAUUAAAGAAUUGAGAAAAGAGAAUGAGGUGCUGAACCAUCAGAAACAGGAGUUGAAAAGUGGCAUGAGGAUGGAACGACUGGAGUUGAGUAAGAAAUAUGAAAGAGAAAAGGAAGAAUUGGCUGAAAAAUAUCGAAAUGAAUUGAGGACAUUGCGGAAGAAUCUCGAGAAAACGGUAGGUGUAUCGCAAAAAGUUUGCUUGUGAUCUUUGAAUCUCAUAUUCGUUUUAUACAAUUUCAAUACUCCUUUGGGAAUUCCUUCUGGAAACAUUGCUAGGAAGCAACGCUUCCUAUUUUGCGAGCCUAGGUCUCAAACAGAUCCAACAAUGAACCAACUUAACUUGGCAAGCAAAUCGCCCAUUUCAAAUGUUAAUGUUCACUUUUUGAGAGAUGGCAUUUUCAAUUAAGCACGUAACAAAUGCAUUCUGAUUAGCAUGACAACGAAACCAAAAUACUACAUCUAUCAAAGGUGUAAAUAAACAGUAAAUGGGCAAUUGGGAUACCAAAUUAAGUUGGUCCAUUGAAACCACAACUAGAGCCGUGAAAUGAACAAAUUAAAUCAAACUCAUUUGCAUAACCACGAAUUAUUUAAGGUGGAAAAUGCAAUUGCCCUUUAAUUUUGUGUGUAACUUGAUUAUCUAUACAUCUAAACGUUUUUCUCGUCAAAAUUUAGCAAACCAGUCAUGAAGCCAGUACUGUACCUACUCAGAAUUUUUACGAAUUGCGGAGAAAGAUUCGUGACAGAGACACGAAACUCAAACGAUACGAAACGUUCUUCAAAGAACUCAAUCAAGAGGCUUCGAUAUUGCAGCGAGAUUCCGACUUGGCUGUAUGAUGGAGGAAAUUAUAAAACCAGAAAAUAUAUCUAUUAUUUCUACGCUAUAUGGUCAUUGACCUAAAUAAUAGUCCAGUUUAAGUUUGUAGUCAGUUGGGGUCUAGCUUGGGGUUAGUUGAGGUUAGCUGGGGAUAUCACAGAAUAAUACAGGAUUACUUAAGACGUGUACAGGUGUAAAUCAGUUGUAAAUAUUUAUAACAGUGCAAACUUGUAUUAGGUCUGUGAUUAAGUUGUGAAACACGUUUUUAAUCUGUAGUAGGGAACUAUUAUAUACCCUAUUGUAUUUUGCACCUGCUUUUGAGCAAAUCGUUACUGUAAAUAAAUGAAUAAUUAUGAUAAAUUUUGGGACAUUAUUAGUGAAAUAUAAAAAUCAUCAAUUUUGUAUAGUAUUGACAUCAUAAUAAAUUUGUGUGUAUAUCAUAAUAAAUGA